AUGUCCAAGCUGAUUGUCUGCACGUCGGGACUCGAGCCCGACAGAAAGCGCGACCUCCAAAGACACACGCCAACACUCAACAUCGAGGUCGUCCCCGAUCUGACACCGGAGUGCACGCACCUCGUCGCCGACACGGUGCUGAGCGAAAAGUACCUGGCGGCGGUGACCUGGCGCAUUCCGGUCGUGUCCUACGAGUGGGUCGAGGCGUCGCUCACCAACGGCGAGCCGAUUGACGAGGAGGAGUACCUGCUCCGACCGCUGCACCGCCUCGUCAUCUGCCUCUCGGGCCUCAGCUUCAGCACCGCCGACCGCCACAGCAUCGAAGCUCUCGUCCAGCGGGAAGGCGGCGCCUACAGCGCCUCGCUGGAUCGCCACUGCACACACCUGGUCACCGAUUCGGCGUCAGGGGACAAGUACAUGAAGUGCUGCGCCGAGAGCACGCUGCAACACGUCCGCAUCGUGACCCCCGCGUGGCUCGCCGACUCCAUCGCGCGUGGCGCCUGUGCGAACGGCAACGACUUCGCCGUCCGGGCCCCUCCGCCCUCGUCAGGGAUGCGAGCUGCCGCGCCCGCGCCGCUCGACGCUGUCUUCGGGCCCCGGUUGUGCGCGCAAGCCGUGCCGCAGCUCUUUCUGUCGGAUUGCGUGCUCCACUUCCCGGAGAGCGCCUCGGCGGCUCCCCUCCUCGUCUGCCUUCGGCGCUUGGCGCGUGGCUGCGGCGUCACUGUCGCAGAGCACCCCUCUGGCUGGGUGACUCACAUCGUACUGGGUGACACCGCCGGCAGCGACGCCGCCGUUUGGACCGAGCUGCAGGCCACUUGCCCGCUCGCAAAGCUCGUGUCGCAUGUCUGGCUGACUGAGAAGCACGCACUGACAGGCACGCACAACUUUCUGCGCGACUCGCUCCUCCUCUGGGUACACCCGCAUGCGACUCCCCCGGCCGACGCCGUCAACGAGCGCCGCUUGCUCGAGCGCGCGCAAGAGUGCGGCGCCAUUGUCGUCGAGAUGAGUGCUCUCCCGCUCGAAUGGGCCCCCUUCACCGGUGCUCGCGCCUACGCGGUGGCCAGCCACGGCGCAGAGUGCGCACCGCUGGCGGCGCAAGCGGUGGCGGCGCGGCCGCUCGACAGCGCGGCGCACCGGACGCGCGCCGCCAGCUGGGACUGGCUGGAGCAGUCUCUGCAGCAGCGGCGGGUGCUCUCCGUCUCGGAGCACCCUCUCCUCAAGCCCCUCGAGGCGCGGCUGCCGCUGCCCGGCUUCCGCGAGCUCAAGAUGUCGCUGACUGGCUUCGAGGCGGAGUCAGCGGGCCGCGAGCUCACAGCGCGCCUCGUCUCGCUGUUGGGCGCGAAGGUCCAAGAGAAGUUCAAGCGCUCCUCGACGCACCUCGUCGCCGCGGGCGAGUGGGGAGGCGACAAGUGCAAGCGCGCGGCAGAGCUGCGCACGCCCGUGGUUCCGGUCUCCUGGCUUCUCGAGUGCGUCAAUCGUGGCACGUGCGUCGGCACCUCGCCGUUCGAAGUGCUGCCGCCGGCCGGCGGCGCGAUGGCGCACGAUGCGACGGUGAGUUGCGGGGCGGGCCGGGGUUUCGGCGAGAAGGAGGAGGAGGCCAUGAGAGUGGACCGGGAGGACGGCGGGGCGUACCCGAGGUCCUCCUUCCUUGAGGUCUACGGCGAUCGCGAGGGGGCCCGCCGCUGGAUGGACGCCGCCCCCGUCGCUGGCGGCGAUGUGGCGGCCGCCUCUGCGCGCGCGCCACAUUUUGCCGCCGUGACGCCGAGCGCAUCCUCCGCGUUUGGGUCGUCCUCGUCUGCGGCGGCGAGCGCCCGCCGCACCUCGCUGGGCGGCGCAACGCCUCGUGGUGCGCCGACGCCCGCCAGCCAUGGCGGCGGCGGCGGCCGUCGCAGCAGCGCGAUGAGCUCCGACAAGCGCCGGCGCCGGCAGAACCCGCCCGCGCAGAGCCCUCGCGUCUAUUGCGGCAUCCUCCAGCCGCCACAGCCGGGAGAUGCUUCCGCCGCCUCGACGGCUGCCGCUCUGGCCGAGGCGGCACCCCCAGUUGCGCCGCUGCCCAACUCGGACGAGGGCAGCCUUUGCACGCCCGGGGACGCCGCUGCCACGGAGCCGCUCGACCACAAGGCGCCCUCCUCCUCUUCCAAGGGCUCCUCCUCCUCGUCCAAACGGCGCUCGCCUGCUGCAGCGAUGGGGGACGGUGGCCAGUGCGGAGGAGCUUUUGCAGCAGCUUCCGGGCUCCGGCCACGAUUCGCUCGCUGCAUGCACACGCGCGCCGGGCAUCGGCUGGUGCACGCGGCGGCGGCGGCGGUGGCGUGGGCGCUACAGGCGGGGAGGCGCAGCACCGGCCGGAGCUCGACCUCGUGA